AAGGAUACACAACACACCUCGGAUUCACAGGAUAUGUUGCCUAAAUGAUGUGCCCUGUUUUGAUGGUUGAAAAGCCACUAGAUAAUUCUAGCUCCCACGCUCCUGCGACGCACCACUCCGGUGCCCGCAGCCACCAUUGUCGCCGCCCAGCUCCCUCCAUCCCAACAAGGCUACUCCCCGGUCUCGCCGCGGUUCCCUCCGGGAUUCCCUAUGCCGUGGUUCUUGCGACCAGAUCCGCUGGUGGCCCUCUUCCCACAGCUUGAGGGGGGCUCCUUAGAUCUGCGUAUCCAGACCGGCGCUGCUCUGCCGGAGUGCUGCGCGGCGGCCUCAGGUGCGAUAAGGCGUUCCGCAAGGUGUGGUUCGCUUCUCAGGAUGCCCUGCUGGAUCCCACCCCCAAGCUCCCCGUCCAUGGCCUCCUCCGGCCAUGUCUGAAAGCGGCGCCGGCUGCCUCCAUGUCGGCGGGUCGGCGUGCGGCGCGGGACGCCUCCUCGAGCCCGGCGUCUCCUGUUGCAGGUUCAAGGCGGGGCACAUCCUCGAGCCAUGCACCUCCUUCUGCGGACUCAAGGUGGUGCCCCGAUGCGGACUGCAGCCGGUCGGAGGAAUGGCAUCUCGUUCGGCCAACAUAUUGGUGGCGUCAGCGGCGCUCCGACCUCCAGCUUCCGAGCCGCCGACCCGCGUCUUCAUUUUCUGCCCCUGGGCAGAGAGCAUUCGUCAAGUUCAUAGAAUGCCGUCAGAUUGGCCAUCGCGCUCGGAACUGCACCAACCCCCUGAAGACGCCACCACCGCCUCCACCUCAGACGCUUCGCCUGCGGCCACCGUACAACGGUUGCCUAGUUCUUCUGCAGCAUGCCUGCACCCCGCUGGACCAAUCACCCGCUCGCAUCCUGUCGACGGAGAGCCCCGCCAUCGAGAAAGACAUGUGCCGGCGCCGGGUCGCCACGAUGACGACGACGAUAAUGAGUGUGGUGCGGUUAGCCCUGCUUCGGGCCGAAGGGCAAGGAACAGAGCGCACGACCGCUCGCCUGACGCGUCGUCCCGAGACUCUGUUGCCGCUGCCACCCUGGAUUCUCGCGGACGCUCACCUCCGCCAUCGCCGCGCACCACCUCUCGAGACAUCUCGAGAUCAAGACUACCAGCUCUGCCAUGGUCUCGCCUCCGCCAUUGCCGCGCACCACCGCUCAGGACAUUAUCGAGAUCGAGACUACCAGCUCUGCCAUGGGCUGGCUCUGUGGAACCACCGCCGGUCUAGAUGCCAGGAUCCAGCCGUCCUUCUCGCUGGAUGAUUGUGAGACGCGAGAUUCUUCGAUGCAGGCAAAGCCUGAGCUUGUGCUGGCAACACCUGAUGGGGAGAUCACCCCAGCUCUGUACCCAGGCAGCUGCAUCUUUUAACUCCUCUGGUGCGGUACUCUCGACGCCAACCCCUCCGGAUAUGCAACAAGAUACUAGCCCGGGCCUGGACCACAACAGUGAGGCAAGAUCUACACCCAUCCACUACUCCUCCCCGGGAUGCUUGACUGAAGACGCAGCUACUCCAAUCUUCAUUCCUCGCAUGCCGGCCCUGCUGCCGUCUCCCUCGCCAUGCACAACUCCCCCAAGACCUCCCAAGGCGAGACACAAAACUUUGGCAGGUGUCACUGGGUUCCAGUUGCAGAGACAAAGCCCACGGCUUCGGGCCAAGAAAAGGGGUGUGCCCAUUGCCAAGCUUGCGGAGCAACUUCUAUGCCACCGGAUGGGCAUCGUUGCUGAAGGCGAACAGGUCACGGAGACGGCAAUCAUCAAGUUUGCUAAUCUGUUCCAUGAUCGCCUUCCUGACAUUGCGAUUGCGGUGCUGCGUGCGCUGUUUCAGCUUGAUUGUGACCUCUCCACCGCGGUCGAGGACGCCCUGGUGCUUCAUGGAGGGGAAGGUGGGCCGGAUGUGAGCGAGCAGGCUGCUGGGGAUGCUUGAAGCUCCGUCUGCCGCUGAUGAUGUAGCCAAGUUUCUCAUGUUAGUGCACCCUAAUAGCCGGUCCUUAGUGUGGUUCUGUACGCCUGUUUGUGGUUGCGCCUGUGCGCCACUGAACUUGGGCCUGGCGAGACUGGUCGUCGCUGUAACUACCACGCCUGUUUGUGGCUGCGCCUGUGCACCAAUGAUCUGGGUCCUAGCGAGACCAAAUAUGGCUGUAGCGUUCAAGAAGUUAUGUGUUCCCCAUGUGGGUUAUGAGGUA